GUCCUCCGUUGCCCCUUCCUCCCUCAUUAACGGUCUCUCCACCGCCAGCGUCCUUUCCAAUGGCUCUGCCCAAAUGCUUGGCGAAGGCCCAGAUGCCGGCGAGAAGAAGCAUCAGUGCCCGCACUGUCCGCGCGCCUUUGCGCGUGCUUACAACCUCAAGACGCAUAUCGCGACGCACGACCCUCAGCGGCCCAAACCAUACAAGUGCCCAUACGCGAGCUGUGGCCGCGGAUUCUCCCGCAAGCACGAUCUAGGUCGCCAUGUCGGCAGCGUGCACGAAAAAGGCGAGCGCGGGAGCGAACGUGGCGGUGUGAUGCCCUCCGAACGUGGGGCGAUGAGCGAGCGAGGCGGUAGUGGCGAGCUCAUCUCCUCCGGAGACAAGGUCUGGUGCGAUGGAUGCGGUCGUGGCUGGGUCAAGGGAAUGAAGAGCGGCUGCGUGUGCGACGAGAAGGACCGUGAGACUGGGAGGGUCAAGUGGGAGAACACCAAGUGACCCCACGACCCAAAUCGUAUGCUAACGUUUGAUUAAUUUUCGCUGUAGCGAGAUCUUGCGCUCCGGCGCUCCCAGAUCAGCGCCGCCCCCCGGGGCACCUCUUCGCAGCCCAGCAACGACCGCCGUUCCCUCGCCUUGUCCUAAUCUCAUCGUCAAUCACACGCCGCGGUCUUUGCGUGCCCUUGCGAUCGAACCUGGACAAGCAACGAGUCUCAUAGUCGCGGUUCGGGCACUGUGAUGACAGACGGACCGACUGACGCCGGCUGCUUCUCUUUUUGUUCUCGUUUCUGACAGGCCUGAGCGGGGGAUCCGUGCAACGUGAACUCCCUGUUACGGUCUGUGUUCUUCCGUGGCUUCUCUCUCUUUUUGCCCCGCCUCUCCUUGAUACGUUUCCCUUGAACUCUUCGUUUCUGAAUAAUUCAGAGCGGGGCAAGCCGUGAUACGUGCCCCUUUCUCGCUUCUGACAAAACUAAAUUUCUUCUCGUUUUUCUUUUGAAGCUACACUACCCGCCAGACGUGGGUGUGAAGCAAGAGUAGCAGAACGGUGCAAGUGAAUAUUCUGGUUUAUCCCUGUAUGUAUCGGCUAUUCUGAUUGCUGGUAAUAAAUUAAUUAAGUCG